GGGGGGACGCGGAGCGAUGGCCCGCGGCGGCCGCUGGGGAGGAUAAGACGCCGUCGCGCCGCGGGUGUGGGCCGGAGGGAGGAGACGGUGCCCGAGCGCCACGGGACUAUGACGGGGCUGUACGAGCUGGUGUGGCGGGUGCUGCACGCGCUGCCCUGCCUGCACCGCACGCUCACCUCCUGGCUCCGCGUUCGCUUCGGCACCUGGAACUGGAUCUGGCGGCGCUGCUGUCGCGCCGCCUCCGCCGCGGUCCUAGCGCCGCUCGGCUUCUCGCUCCGCAAGCCCCCGGCCGUCGGCAGGAACCGGCGUCAUCAUCCCCGGCACCCGCACUGGGGACCGGCCGCCACCCACCCCCGGCUGCGCUGGCGCGCGGACGGCCGGUCCCUGCAGAAGCUGCCGGUGCACAUGGGCCUGGUGAUCACCGAGGAGGAGCAAGAGCCCAGCUUCUCAGACAUCGCGAGCCUCGUGGUGUGGUGUAUGGCCGUGGGGAUCUCCUACAUUAGCGUCUACGACCACCAAGGUAUUUUCAAGAGAAAUAACUCCAGAUUGAUGGAUGAAAUUUUAAAACAACAGCAGGAACUUUUGGGUCUAGAUUGUUCCAAAUACUCGCCAGAGUUUGCAAACAGCAAUGGCAAGGAUGUUCAAGUUUUAAAUUGCCCUUCGGCAGUGAAGGUGCUGUCUCCAGAAGAUGGAAAAGCAGACCUCGUGAGAGCUGCGCAGGACUUUUGCCAGUUAGUAGCCCAGCAGCAGAGGAAAGCCACAGAUUUGGAUGUAGAUCUGCUAGAUAGUUUACUUAGUUCACAUGGGUUUCCUGAUCCUGAUUUAGUGUUGAAGUUUGGUCCUGUGGACAGCACAUUAGGCUUUCUUCCCUGGCAAAUCAGAUUGACUGAGAUCGUCUCUUUGCCUUCCCACCUAAACAUCAGCUAUGAGGACUUUUUCUCCGCCCUUCAGCAGUAUGCGGCUUGUGAGCAGCGUCUAGGAAAGUAGUGGUCCCUGCUUGUAUCGGAUGACUUCAGGCUUGUGGAGAAAAGGACCCAAGUGACUCUGAUGUUUACAAAGUCCCUAUAAAACCCUGUACACACCUAGUUCAUAUUCCUCAUAAUUUAUCAACAACACAAAAAAGUGUCUUACUUGAGAGUGAAUGAGUGUGUGAAUGUGUGCGUGUGCGUGUGCGUGUGUGUGUGCGCACGUGUGUGUGGAAUAAAUUUAUAAAUGGGGCAUGUUGGAGAAUGGAGCGCAUAGACGUACAGGUGAAGCACGUAGCGGCAGUGUGUGUCUUAGGGACCGAGAGACUCGGGCUCAAGGCCUCGCGUCCUGCUACUUCCCUGUUUUUGUGGGGAGUGGAGGGAGAGAGCAGAGCUGCUUUAGUUGUUUGUGGUGGCUGGGAUAAUUCUUGUUCAGUCUUUCUUAGUGACCAAACUUUAAUUUUUAAGGAUAGUAUGUUGACUUACUGAGGGGAGCAUCCUCCUUUCGAGUGACCUGCAGAUCCUCCGGAUGUUCACGUGCUGGCUAU